AUGGCCGUGCAUCGAUGCCACCUACUUGAGGAGAUGCUGAAUGAGCAGGCCAAGCAGGCCGAGAAGCUGCGCAACGAAUUGCGCGAGCAGCGGGAAGAGAACAAACUUCUGAUACACGAGAAGGAGAGCCUCAAAGCGACCAUUGCGAGGAUGGAGAUCGAGGCCGAGGUGGUGACGGCCAAGACGGCGGCCGUCGCAGCUGCAGCUGCUACGACAGCCACUGCAGUAAGGCCAGUGCACUCUCCCGCGGCGACGUCUUCGAAAGCAGACGCUGAGAUGCACGUCGAUGCGAACAGGUCGGCCGAAUCACUCGCGGCCAUGGAGGAGACGCUGAACAAAAAGAAGCGGCAACUUGACAUGCGCGAGGCAACGCUGAAGGAUGCGCUCAAGAAGGUUUCGUCCGACGCGGCGAAGAUCGCGGAUCAGCGUGCUGCGUUGCAGGAGCAGGAGAAGGCGAUGAUGGCACAUCUGACGGCUCAGUUUACAUCUCUCUUCGAAGAGGAGCGGCAACGUCUGGAGGAUUUCUGCGCAGACGCCGUCACGGAUGUCCAGAACAAGUAUAUGGAGUGGGUAGCGCAGCAGCAGGAUGGCGCCAUGGCGCGUCGCCGGAGGUACGAGCAAGUGAUGGAGGAGCGUCAGCAGCGCGCGGCUACAGAGCUAGCCGAGGCGAAGGCGGAGCGUGACGCGCUGCAGCGCGCACUGGAGAGUCAGCAGGUCCAGCUGGCAGCGUUGCAGGAGAUGGCGUUGAAGGUAGGGACGGAGAGUCGGAGUGAGGGAGCGGGCAACGUCCUUUCGUCACAGUGCGCACGAGAAGAGAAGGAAUCACUCGAGGAAGCCGUUGCCGGGGCUGCAGCGCUUGCGGCGGCGGCGAAGGGCCAGCUUCAUGUGGGCCAAACUGAGCCGGUCUCUACCAAACCCUUGUUCGAGGAAGAGCGGCAGGCGAGUAAUGACGCGGCUGCUGCGUACGCGGCGCUGGAACAGAAAGCGCAAGACAGCAUGGAGGCCCUCGCGCGUGACAUGCGCGCCAAGGAGGAGGAGUGGGAGAGGGCGAAGGCUGCUGCGGUGGCUACUGCUGAGGCGGCUGCACGCCUCUCGGAGCGCGAGCGGCUGCUGCAGGAGGUCGAGGAGGCUCGACAGCAAAGCCGGCGUGACGUCGAAGAAGCGGUGCGGGUUGCGACGCAGCAGCGCGACUCCGCCAUGGACGCACUCCGUAAGCAGCACGAGCAUGACAAGGAGGAGUGGCUCUCCAAGAUGCGGCAACUGGAGGCGAGCCGUAGGCGAAAAGAGGAAUGCCCGCAAAGCCAAGAAAAGUCCUGGCGUGAGGAGAAGGUGGCGCUGCAGAAGAAGUGCAGUGGACUCGAGGCGCGCCUCGAGACACGAAAAACAGCAGCGUGGCAGCUGCAGCAGCAACUACGCGACGCCAAGCAGGAGCUGUCAGAUUUGAAGGCGAAUACGCGCGGCAAAGAGGACGCCGAAGCAGAGGAAAGGCGAAGGCGAGCGGAUGCCGAGGCGACGACUGUGCAGCAUUCGGCAUCCGCUUUCCUCAGGGAAGCUCAACAGGGGCAGCAGCGGAUGCUCGAAGAACAGGCACGCGCCCUUGCACUUCUGCAGGACAAAAUGCAGGAGCUGGCGCUGGCCAACGGUGCAGCUGCCAAUGCCAGAGACGAGAGGCAACGGGAGGCAACUCAACGGCUGCACACGGAGCUGGAAAGCGCUCGGCAGGAACGGGUCACGGCACUGGAGCAGUUGGGUCGCAUGCGAGAGACUGCAGCGGACAUGACGGCGAGAACGAGGGAGGAGAGUGCGCAGCUCGGGAUGCUGCGUGACGCAAUGCAGAGGCAGCAGCGAGCUCUAGCCGACUUGCAGGAGGAGCAUCAGCGCACUGUUGACGAACUCCAUGCAGCACGAGCUGCAGUGGCGGCGGCAGCCACUGCCGCUGAUGCAGCUGCCCCGUUGGUGGAGUCCCCAGAUCCCGUGAUGCCUGCCGUGGACGACAUCUGCUAUCAUGCGUUGCUCCGCCUGGAGCAGCGCUGGCUGCAGCAGCAGGCGCAUCUACAGAGCUUCUACUCGGUGACGCUGUAUGCAGUGGUGCAGCAGGAAUGGACACAAGUGUUUGAAAGGAUGGCGUCGUCGUUGGCGGCGGAGGCAGAGCGGCAGCGGAGUUUGCGCAUCCGAAACGCGGAGGCGCUGGAGAAAACGACAAGUACCAUCAAGGAGGUGCAGGAUGACUUGCGCCUGCGCACGCAGGAGCUGCUGCAACGUCAAGUCGACGUUGAAGAACGCGAAAGGCGUGUGGAGGACAAGAAGAAGCGGGUGGAUGUGGUGUGCCGCAGCCUGUACAGUGUAGCUCAAGAGCUGCGCAAGAGACAUCUCGACGCCGCAGAGAGUUCGGCGUUGGACGAGGUAAUGCAUUCGGCCCGUGUGAUGAGUGACUCCCCAUAG